GAAAGAUCACAAGCACAUUUCCGGGCCUAGUACCCACUGGAAAGCCGGAGAGGAAGCGAAAGCGCCGCCAGACGCGCAGCUGUAGCACAUUGCACUACGACAUCAGUCCACUUCACUCUCAACACACCUCACCGCCUGUCCUGUCUGUCCCACUCCCAACGGUAGCAUUUGAAUCCUCCGAUUCUUCCCAAAUCGUCGCCGUCCAGGUGAGGUCACCCAAUGUCCGCAUCCUCCCCUCCCCAUCUCCUCCUCCUCCUGCUCCUCCUCGCCACGCGCGCGUCCUCCGCCGCUGCGUGGGUGAGCAGCAGGCGCCAGCUGUGGUGUGUGGCGAAGAACAACGCGGAGGACGCCGCGCUGCAGAGCGCCAUCGACUGGGCGUGCAGCGCCGACGGCGGCCGCGCCGACUGCACCGCCAUCCAGCAGGGCGGCACCGGCUACGAUCCUCCUAACCUCCAGAGCCUCAUUUUGCGAUCAGCACCGGCGCCUCAAAUUCUUAGGUAUGGCCCUGCCUUCAGCUACUACUUCCUCCGCGCCAUCGACGCCGCCAACCCUGCCUCCUGCUACUUCUCUGGCGCCGCCGCGCUCACCGCGCUAAACCCCAGUCAUGGGCGCUGCGUGUUUCCUUCCAGUUCAUCCCCGAAAAAUGGCAGCUUCACAGGAACAACAACCUACGGUUCAACCGGUGCAGAUUUAAGCCACAGUUCUUCAUGGAAAUUCGACUUCUGGUCGUGGCUCUUACAUAUAUCUGUAUCUGUAAUGUUUUCAGCUGCCACACAUUUGUUAUAAACUUUCUUAAACUCUGUUCUGCGAGCAUGAUAAACUAUCAGACUGCAGGAAUGCAGUUUGUUCUCCGUUGUGAUUGCUGCUGCAUUGUUUGGGGAGGCUGUGGAGAGAAGAAAGAAUUCAAUCUCUGCUGCUCCCCCUUUCUCCCCCUCAUGUUCUUUUAGAUGAGUAUUCGAAGAAUCCCGAGUCUUCUUCAGUUUCAUAUAGUUGAUUCAGUUA